UCUUCAGGAGCAAAAAGAACUCAACAUGGCGUGCAAACAUACUUCGAUGAAGAUCAUAUUGAUGAUUGUUAAUGUGAUUGUUAUGCUUGCCGGCGCAGGAGUUUUUGGCGUGGGCCUAUGCUGGUUCCUGAAGGUGACCACUAUAUGGGACAUAUUUGGACAGACCAGCAAAUGGCUGGCCAUCGCGCUCAUGGUGGCGGGGCUGCUGGCGGCUGCCGCUGGGUUGCUAGGUGGCUAUGGGGCUAUCACACAGAAAAUGUUUAUUCUGAUCAUUUUUAAAAUCCUAUUGAUUGUACUGCUGGGUGCCAAGAUAGCGUUAGUAAUCCUAGUGUUCAUCAAGAAGGAAUGGUUUGCCAAAUCCGGCUCGAAGGACGAGCCCGAAAAGUUCCAGAUGAUCUUUACGGCCUUUAUGGCUGCCGUGGCUGCUGCGGAGAUAACAGCUACUGUGUUUGCUUACAAUCUUGUGCGUCACAUCAAACAAUGCCCCCAAGAAAAUGAAAACUAAGAAGAUGUUGAUGAUGAGAAUCUUACAUUUUACCGCUUAAUUCGGACUGUUUUUAAGAAAUUCAUUAUUAUGGUUGCUUAUAGAAAUAGUAGCAAUCAUUUAGUAUCCAAACUCCACUUACAAAUUACCCAAAAUAAUACAAAGUAAAAACGUUUCACAAGUAACACUACGCAAUAACCUAGGCGACCGUCUGAUUUAAUUGGUUAAUUGUAUCAUACUCUCAAUGUAUGGACAACCAGAGUAGCAUAGUAAAUCAAUAGAUCUAAAUAUUUCUUUCUUUCUUUAUUUAAGACAAAGUAACAAGUAAAAAAUAAUAAAAGCCAUUUAAAGACUAAAAAUCUUGGGCCGCAUUUGUUGUUGUCGUUGAUGUUAGUCUUCUUUCUCACACCAAUAUAUGUUUUUUUAAUUUGUUUAUAUGUGUUGUUUUUUGUUGUCUAGAUAGACACACAUACAUACAUAGAUAUGCAUGAGUGAGGUGAAAUGCAACGAUAUUGAUUAUGUUGGUGUCAUAUUUUUAAUAUGUGUUUAACACUCGCAAGGCGAUUCACAAACGAAAAUUCUAACAUAAAUGUCUACAAAUUAUCGAGUUUAUUAUUUUGAUGGAUUUGAAAUCAAAAUAAAAUUUAAUAAAAUA